AUGGCCCCGCAGGACGAGCCGCUUCCCUUCACGAGGGAUGCGUGCCUCCGCGCGCUCGGACUCGACCCGUCCACCCGCCACGACGCCUCGUCCAUCGACCGCGCCUAUCGCCGUAAGCUUUUCACCAACCACCCGGAUACUUCCGGCGUCGCUGGCAGCCCCGAGAGCCUCAAUCGCGUCAUCCACGCGCGAAACAUGCUCUCGUCCGGUUCAUUCGGAUCACGCGGCGGGGGAGGUCGGUAUGCGCCGUCGUCGGACGGGUACACCCCCAUGAGCGACGCGUACUCGCGCGAAGAGUUCUACCGCUGGCGAGAACGCAGAUGGGGCGGAGACAAGGACCCGAUUGGUUUGUGGAGGUUCCGCACGCUGGGGUUUCGGUCGUUCGCGGGAAACGUGCGCUUGGGAUUGGGCGCCGCGUUCAUGGCCACCGCGUGCACGCUGGCGUGGGCGAGGCACACCGAGAAGAGACGGAAAAAGGAGCGGUCCCCGAGGCUGAGAGCGGCGAUGGGGCUGCGAGCCGAAGACUGA